AUGGCGUACCCUCAAGAGACAUUUGUGCGGUCGUCGCUGUCACCAGGGUCUCUGAUCGCGCAAAAACGUCAAGUGGCAUCGUCCACCACGCUGCGGUACCAGCUGGAGGUGCUGAAGAAGACGGGAAGAUACGACGCGUUCAAGCUGCAGUGGCACCCGUCGUACUCGGACCCCCCGAACGUCUGGCCCAUUCCUAACCAUCUGUUCUGGGACUCGGACGUUGCCAAAUGGAUCGAAGGGGCGUGCUAUUUCCUCCACCGUCAGCCUGAUGCUGAGAUCUCGGCAGCGGUGGACGAGUUGGUCCAGAUGAUCAGAUCCGCCCAGCAGCCUGAUGGAUAUAUCAACAUCCAUUACACCGUGGUCGAGCCCGGGAAGCGGUUCACCAACCUCCGGGACUUCCACGAAUUGUACAAUGCUGGGCACUUGAUCGAGGCCGCCCUCGCCCAUCACGACCUCGUCAAAAACAAGGAGCUCUUGGAGCCGCUUCUGAAAUAUGUCGAUCUGCUCUAUCGCACCUUCGGCCCCAGGGAGGAUCAAUUGCCGGGCUAUCCAGGCCAUCCGGAAAUCGAGCUCGCUUUGCUGAGACUCUUCCACCGCACCCGAGACAGCAGACAUUUGGAGCUGGCACGUUUCUUCCUGACCGAGCGAGGUCGCACCACCGACGGCAAGCACUUCUACGAGGUCGAGGCCAAGCGACGCGGCGAGGGAUCGCAUACGAGAAUGGCCUAUUGGGGCGAGGCCAACGCUCUCUGGUACUACCAGGCCGACAAGCCACUGGUGGAACAGCAGACGAUCAAGGGCCACUCGGUCCGGGCGAUGUAUCUCCUGACAGCCGCUUCAGACCUAGUCCGCCUGGGAGAGGCCCCCGGCCAGCUCAGCGAGGCAAUAUAUCGACUGUGGAACAACAUGGUUCACUGCAAAAUGUACACCACCGGGGGGAUUGGCGCCAUGAAACAGUGGGAAGGGUUUGGCCUGGACUACUUCCUUCCUCAGGGCACAGAUGAAGGGGGUUGCUAUGCCGAAACCUGUGCGGCGAUCGGUGUGAUGAUGCUCGCCCAACGCAUUCUCCAGUAUGACCUUGAUCGUCGCUUUGGCGAUGUCAUGGAACUGUGCCUCUAUAACGCGGUUUUGACCUCCAUGUCGCACGACGGCACCAAGUUCACGUACGUCAACCAGCUUGCAUCCAGCGACACAGACCUCUCCAAGAGAGAGGAGUGGUUCACGUGUGCCUGUUGUCCGCCGAACGUGUUGAGGCUGCUUGGGCAGAUUGGGGGUUACAUAUACACGGAGCAGGAAGGAAAGCGAUCUUCGCAGGUCAACGUCCAUCUGUACAUUCCCAGCACGUUCCAGUUCCAGGCUGGCGACGAGCCGGCCAUCUUGACCCAGAAGACCAAUUGGCCAUGGAGUGGAAAGGUCGAGUUCGAGCUUCAGACGAAGUCUUCACAGAUCAGUCUGGCUCUUCGGAUACCGGCAUGGGCAACGUCGUGGAAGGUUGUCCCAUCGCCGCCGACUUCGGCUCCGGAAAAGGGCUACCUCGUCCUGCCUGCGGCCUGGGUUUCGGAAAACCCAUCAUUCACGCUGGAAGUAGAUUUCCGUCCUCGCCUUGUCGCGCCGCACCCAUAUACCAACCAAGACACCCUAGCCUUGACCCGCGGGCCUAUUGUGUAUUGUAUAGAAGAUUUCGACAACCCUUGGGUCGAGGAUCAUUUCAAGAGUGUGCAGCUCGAUCCUGAAUGCGUGGUGCAGGACGAGGCUGUGACGGAUGAGGCCACGGGGGAGACGUAUGUGGCGCUCGUGGUGAAGGAGGGCGCCAGUCUGCUCCAGGUGCAGAAUAUCGACGCCCAUCCCACCCUUGGAGCCGAGGAAUUGCACAGCGUGGAAAAGUCUGAUGAUAAGGUCAUCAAGGAGUUGAAGUUCGUGCCGUACUACUUCAGAGCCAACCGUGGUGGCCGGGGGCAUGCUAGAGUAGGGUUGAGAAGGUGGCAUAGAUAG